AUGACCAUCGAUUACCGACAUGGGAUCUCGAUCCUAGAGCUCAUUGUUUACUCUCCAACUCUCUUCCUUGCUCUCUGGAUGGCAUUGCAUCAUGGUUUCAAAAGAAGCUCGGGCUGGUUUUUUUUCAUCCUAUUUUGUCUUGCCCGCAUUGUUGGCGCAGCAUGCUACUUGGCCACGAUUCACCAUGCUUCCGAUGUUGAUCUAUACAUUACCUGGGCCGUUUGUACUUCACUCGGACUGUCACCCUUACUGUUGGCUUGCAUUGGACUUUUAUCACGAGCAAAUGAUUCUAUUAUGCGAAAGACCGCGAAAGCUCUCCCCCUGGCGGUAUUCCGACUUGUUGGACUAUUUGCACUAGUGGGCGUGAUUUUGAGCGUCGUCGGCGCAACCAAAAACUCCAAUAUUGCCCAUGGCCUUGUCACCACAGAGACGAAGGUCGGGCUCAUCUUCUACCUUGUUGCCUGGAUCGGUGUGUGCGGACUGUUCCUCCUGCUUUUGAAACGAACUGAAAGUAUUGAGGAUGGAGAACAUCGCCUCCUCCUGGCCGUGGGAGUCUCUCUCCCCUUGAUCCUCGUGCGAUUAACCUACUCUUUCAUCUAUAAUUUUGGUCAAAACGCCGAAUUCAAUAUGCUAUCAGGAAAUGUUACAAUUCAGCUUGUGAUGUCUGUCCUACAAGAGCUUUUGGUUGUUCUUGUGUGCCUGGGUAUUGGCCUUACACUUCAAGUACGACCAGCCGCAGAGUACACGCAGCAGUCCAGUGUCUACAGAGGAGAACAGAAUUCAAUGGAGCCUGAGAGCGGCCAUCUACAGGGACAAACGCGUGGACGAGCCCAAAACCCAAAGCGUCGGGGUGGUCCCAUUACGGGACUCAUAAUGUCUAUUGUGGAUGAGGUCAAUACCCGGAGGCAAUGA